AUGGCGCGCCUGCUCAGCCAGGAGAUCUCUCUGUUUCAGCGCAACAUGUACAAAAACCACAGCCAGCACCGGCGCGCCUUCUUCUUCCAGAACCUGCAGCAGGUCAAGCGCCGUCUGCGCGAUUUCAAGGUGGAGACCCUCACCGGCUGCUUUGCGGAGGCUGCGGGCGUCUUGAAGCAACUGGAGCUCGACGCAGGAGCGCACCACAUUUCCUGGAAGCUGCUGGCCUCCGACCUCAAGGUCGGCACGGACGCCGUGCUGCGCAAGCUCGUGACGCUCACAAGGGCGGCCGCCGAGGUGAUCCGAGCAGCUCAGAAGGCCUACAAAGCUUUAAUGGUGCAGUUCGCCAUGACGUACUUCAUGCCGUUCGCGCUCAUGAUGAACAGCGUCCUGGCGCGGUUGACGGUGCUGUUCAAGACAGUGAUCGUGCGGGCGAUCGAGCUGCACGGAGGCAUCACGCUGCUGUAUCUGAACGAGGUGACCAAGUCGAACCCGCUGCGAGCCAAGGUCACUGCCGUGCAGCUCCGCGGGUACCAGAUUCCCAGUGACAUUCUCCAGCUCGCCAAUGCGUAG